CAAAACGUUUUAUUCUGACGUCGGGGUCUUCGAAUGUGUCUAUCUUGCCAUUGGCGCUGUUCAAGAUUUGCCCAACAGUUUGAGUCCAAAACUCUUCGAUGCGAUGGGCGUAUUGAAUGCUCUUCGACGGGGCAUUGUGAGAGGAGCCGAUCGUAUGGCUGAAUUCACCAGCAAACGUGGCUCAAUGACUCACUACAAAGGCAGAGGGGCACAGCCAACAGGAGUACUAACCUCCAGCAGAAAAUUUGUUCCAGUACAGGCAAUGAUCCCCCAGUUUGUGGUGCCUGACUUGGAGGGAUUCAUACUCAAGCCCUACGUGUCGUACCGCACCCCGGCUGGAACGGAGCCCGCUGUCACCCCUGAGGGUCUGUUCUCCGAGGCUGUGGCCCAGCAGAUCCAGAAAGACUUUGAGGAAGGCUCCUUUGAUAAGGAACAGCUGGAGAAAUACGGAUUUGAGCCCACGCAGGAGGGAAAGUUAUUUAAACUAUACCCAAAGAACUUUAUACAAUAAAAAGGCCACCCAAUCUGAUCUAUCUGGAACUCUGACUUAGUAUCAAGAAUCGUUAACUAAUUUUGUUUGUGUUGGGAGGUCAAGUAGUUGCUAACCAUUUGAGACCGCUGAGCUGAUCAUAUGUUACUGGACCGUGGUGUAUUGUGAAUGUGCUUGCUGAAAGUACUAGUAUGUGGUAUUUGGACUCAAACUGUUGGGCUAUCCCUUUAGCAUACGUUAAAGGGAUAGUUCACUCAAACAUAUUUUAGUAUUUUGUUCAUUAGUCCACUGUUGAUAUGGUUGCCAACAAUGGGGACAUGUCGGAAGUAAAGUCUCCAAGAUAUAGCACUUUCAGUACAAAUCUACAUGUGAAUAUGUAUUUUCAUCACUCUUUGCUUUUUACCAAAAGUGUUCCAUCUUGAAGAUUUGACAUUUUCAAAAAAUAAAUAAUUGGUGCUGGUUGUUUUGUGUUUUGAACAUUGAAAUAAGCGAGGCAGGUACGGUCGUGGGAAAUAUAAUAUGCAUUCUUCUGCCUCUGCCUCCAGAGGGGUAUACUACAAAGUGGGAUCAAUGAGUUAGCCAGCUAACUUGAAUAAAUAUUCUGAAAUCA